AUGUUGAAGUUGUGGCUCGGGCUCGCGCUAACGGCUGACUCAUCGGCUUUAUUCAGGGAUCGUAAUAGUUUUGGGAUGAAUCUAAAAAGACCAUCGGAGCUCUACAAACACCUAAGAGUUUCCAAGAGACAUAUCCUGGGAAAAUCCCAUGAUGACGUCGUUACAUCACUCCCAAAAGACAAUGAUGCCCCAGAGCUAGAGUCACGACUCCAAUUCCAUAAACAAUUUAUGAUCGGAGCGCAAAAUAACAGAGUAGGGUUAGGAUCAAGUAGGAAAGUGCAAGAUACGGAUAUAUUGAAGUCUUUUAUUCGGCAAGACGAGAACGAUAAAUACAAGAUCCAUGCAAUGAGUUUAGAAAUGCAGAACGAUUGGUUAGACAUAGGAGAUUUUUGCAUUCCACUAGCACUAAAAUGGCGCACCCUAAUUCAUGACUGGUCGCCAGCCUUGCUAAAAUUUUAUCUCAAUGCGUUCCAGAUGACUCUCCCAGAUCAGAGUAAUUUAGUAAGAUGGGGUAAAGGUACCAAAAAAACUUGCUAUAUCUGCGGAAAGGCAGUUGGAACUGCCAAGCAUUUGCUGGUGGGAUGUAAGGUUCUCCUGGACAGCGGUCAAUACUCGCGUCGUCACGAUAGGGUUUUAGAGAUCAUACGUGAAGCGGUUAGUCUUUCGGUAGCCAGAGCGCAAAGGGAAAUAACCACAAACGAGCGAUCAAUAGGUUUUGUGAGAGAGGGCACCAGGGCUAUAAAAUCAAACGUCAAGCCUUACUCUAUCCUUAAAGCGGCUUCGGAUUGGACUAUCAUGAUGGAUACGUAUGAGAAACAAUACAAAAUCCCCGAGGAUAUUUGUGCGUCGGCCUCCAGACCAGACAUAUUUCUAUAUUCGCGUAUUUUAAAGCGCGUUGUGAUGAUAGAGCUUACGGUGCCUUGGGAAACCAACAUCCCCAAAGACCAUGCCAUCAAGGUCAAUAAGUAUUACGAGCUCACUAACGAACUAACUCGAAAUAGGUUCGUCGUUGAUUUGUACGCGGUAGAGGUGGGAGCGAGAGGUAUAACAGCUAAAUCUCUCUAUAACCUACUAAAAGACUUGGGCCUGUCCAGAACUAACAUUAAUUCAUUCUUAGAACGUACGUCGAAGGCAGCCCUAGUAGGUUCUUUUCAAAUUUGGUUAGGUAGGGAGAGGAACUUGGACAGUGGAGGUGAGCGUAUAACGCGCGUUAGUUAA